CCGCUCCUGCUGCUCCUGCUGCUCCUGCUGCUGCAGCUGCCGGCGCCGGCGAGCGCCAAUGACACCCCCAAGGUGAAGCAGAAGGCGCUGCUGCGGCAGCGGGAGGUGGUGGACCUGUAUAACGGAAUGUGCUUACAAGGGCCUGCGGGUGUACCUGGUCGAGACGGGAGCCCUGGGGCCAAUGGCAUUCCUGGUACCCCUGGGAUCCCAGGUCGGGAUGGAUUCAAAGGAGAAAAGGGGGAGUGCCUGCGGGAAACCUUCGAGGAGUCCUGGACACCUAACUACAAGCAGUGCUCGUGGAAUUCGCUGAAUUAUGGCAUCGAUCUUGGAAAAAUUGCGGAGUGCACAUUCACGAAGAUGCGCUCGAACAGUGCGCUCCGAGUCCUGUUCAGUGGCUCGCUCCGGCUAAAGUGCAGAAGUGCGUGCUGCCAGCGUUGGUAUUUCACGUUCAACGGAGCUGAAUGUUCAGGGCCUCUUCCCAUUGAAGCCAUCAUUUAUUUGGACCAAGGAAGCCCUGAACUGAAUUCAACAAUUAACAUCCAUCGCACCUCUUCUGUGGAAGGACUCUGUGAAGGAAUCGGUGCCGGGUUAGUGGAUAUUGCUAUCUGGGUGGGUACUUGUUCAGAUUACCCCAAAGGAGAUGCCUCUACUGGAUGGAAUUCAGUGUCUCGCAUCAUUAUUGAAGAACUGCCAAAAUAAAUUCUUUCAUCUUCAUUCCCUACCUCUUUUUAGUAUACCUUUGACUGGCUAAUUUUAGUGACAUUUUAUAUAAUUUUUAGGUAGACAUCUGAAAGAAAAACAAAGCUAAAUGUGUUUACAGACCAAAGUGUGAUUUCACACAAGUCCAGUAUUAUUCAUUUUCCUUCACUCAGAUGGUUUGAGGAUUCUGUAGGUGAAUAGAAUGUGUACUUUCUUCAUAUUCCCGUUCCUGGAACCUAUAAUUUAGAAUGUCAUUGUGGUCUUUAAUUUUCCCUAUUCUCUUAGUAUAGCACUUUUUUAAAAUAUAAAAGCUACCAGUCUUUGUACAAGUUGUAAAUGUUCAAAAUUGUUUUAUAUCUGUGAAAUAAAACUUAUUUCAAAUAAUUUUAA